AUGGAAAUUGAGCAAAUGAAAUCCUCUUUCUCACCACCAACUGCAAUUGCUAGGCAAUAUUCAGUCAAUUUCCCCAAUCAUAAAUAUCAAGAACUCAACUUGUCUUCUAUGAAUGGGUGUGGAGGUGGUGGUAAUUAUCCUAGAUCUCCUCUCGGAAUCAUCGAAACUCGAACUCUCCCCACCGCUCCAACUCCAUUACUGGCGGCCGACCGCCUCAACUCCGCCAUCUUCCACCUCAAGUCCGAUUCUCCGGCGGAGGAUUCCGGGAUUAUUCGCAUUGAGUCUAAUGGGAGGAUUGGCUAUGGGUUGGUGAAGGUACCAAUACAGGAGAAGGUAGAAGCCCUAGAUUGGCUGCGUUCGCAGAGCGACACUCUUCUUCCCCGCUGUUACUUCUCCGGCAGGGAUUCCGGCGACACCGCGCUUAUUCAAAAUCGCAAUGGCGAUUGGCGCGCUUCUUCCAACGGCCACGAUUCUCAGCAAAAGCUUCUCAGUGUUGCCGGGCUUGGAUCGGCGGUCUCCUUCCGCCAUCUCCAUCCAUUCUCUUCGGACGAUUGGCAUUCCAUCAAAAGGUUCUUAUCCAAAAAGUGUCCACUGAUUCGUGCGUAUGGUGCAAUGCGCUUUGAUGCGAGAUCCGAUAUAGCCCCUGAAUGGAAAGGCUUUGGUUCUUUUUAUUUCAUGGUCCCCCAGGUUGAAUUUGACGAAUUUAAAGGAAAUUCAAUGCUUGCUGCAACUAUUGCAUGGGACAAACGCUUGUCACGGACCUACGAACAGGCAAUUGCUUCACUUGAGGCUACAAUGUUGCAGGUUUCGUCAGUUGUUCGGAGAUUAAACGGUAAUAUUUCUCGUGCUAAAGUUUUCCACCAAACUCAUUUUCCCAACAAACUAUCAUGGGAUGAAUCUGUUAAGCGAGCUCUGGACUUGAUAAGUAGCAAAAACUCAACGCUUGUUAAGGUUGUUCUUGCACGUAGCAGCAGAGUACUGACCAUAGUAGAGAUUGACCCUUUAGAAUGGUUGACAAGUUUACAGGUUGAAGGGGAUAACGCUUACCAGUUUUGUCUUCAGCCACCCGAAUCCCCUGCAUUCAUUGGGAAUACUCCAGAGCGACUAUUCUACCGAAACCGACUUAACGUUUACAGUGAGGCUUUGGCUGGAACACGAGCUAGAGGUGGAACCGAGUCUUUGGAUUUACAGAUAGGAAAUGAUUUACUUUCCAGUGCUAAAGACCACCAUGAAUUUGCCGUAGUAAGAGAAAGUAUAAGACGAAAAUUUGAGACCGUAUGUUCCAGCACAGUAGUGGAACCAAGCAAAGUUCUAAGGAAGCUUCCUCGUGUUCAACAUCUUUAUGCUAAACUGACAGGCACUUUGCGGAAAGAAGACGAUGAAUUUAAGAUUUUGUCUUCCCUUCAUCCAACUCCUGCUGUUUGUGGGCUUCCUACAGAAGAGGCACGCAUUUUAAUAUCAGAAACGGAGAAGUUUGACCGAGGAAUGUAUGCUGGCCCCGUUGGGUGGUUUGGAGGUGCAGAGAGUGAGUUUGCAGUCGGAAUAAGGUCAGCACUUGUUGGAAAGGGAGUUGGCGCAUUACUCUAUGCUGGAACGGGGAUUGUAGAAGGAAGCAAUUCAUCCUUGGAAUGGCAGGAACUCGAGCUUAAAACGUCACAGUUCACAAAAUUGAUGGAAUUUGAGGCACCUCUUUUGGCGACAAGGGAGAGAAUUGAACUGUAAAAUAAAAGAUUGCGAAAGAAGAUGUAUAAGGGAGGAACAUAUUGGUUAUCUUAAUUUUUAUUUUAUGUAUUCAACUGUAUAGAGAGAGAGAAGAAAGCGCGCCACGAAGACCGAUUUUCUUGAGAUGGAAUGUUUUGUAUAUAAUAACUGAAAACAAUAUAAUGAAGAAAUGUCUCUUACAGUAACGUGUUCUUAAAUAAAUGUGUGUUUAGAAGAAAGCCGACUGUAUUUUCAAUUUUACGAGGUUUGGAGGAUCCAGAAAUCGAUUUAUUC